GGCGUAUCUGGCAUGCGCGGCCUACUGGUGGGCGGGGAAAAGCCAAAUAGGGAACCGCCUCCUGAUCGUUACCAGUACAGUAUUGUUUUUUGCUGCUAAGGGUGUGACGUCAUGUCUCCCCGCCCACUCUACCCGUUCGUGUUGCUGCUGCUGCAGGGGCUCCAGUCACGUGACGGAGACCAGGGGGUGACCCGGGGCUGAGCCGCCCCCCCCCUCCCCCGCAGAAAAGGGGAGCAAAUGCUGUGACCCGAACACACCUGCUGCCCUCUGCUGGAGAGGUUGGUGUCUAUGUGAUCUAUACCGCAGACCCACUUACCGCCGCUCCCAUCUUCUCCCACUGUAUAUAAGUGUCCUGUGUAUUGUGCAGCUAUGGAAACCAACAUACAGAAGAGGAAAGAGAACCGCAAGGCGCUGCGCAUCAAAGUCAUCAGUAUGGGCAAUGCCGAAGUGGGCAAGAGCUGCAUUAUAAAGCGUUACUGUGAAAAGAGAUUUGUCCCCAAAUAUCAGACGACCAUCGGGAUUGAUUAUGGUGUCACUAAGGUGCAAAUCCGAGAAAGAGAAAUCAAGGUUAAUAUAUUCGACAUGGCCGGCCACCCCUUCUUCUAUGAGGUACGGAACGAGUUCUACAAGGACACGCAGGGGGUGAUCCUGGUGUAUGACGUCUGUCAGAAGGAAUCGUUCGACAGCCUGGACGCCUGGUUAUCGGAGAUGAAGCAGGAGCUGGGCCCGCAGGGGAGCAUCGAGAAUAUCGUCUUCGCCGUCUGCGCCAACAAGAUUGACUGCACCAAGCAUCGCUGCGUGGACGAGAGCGAGGGGCGACUGUGGGCCGAGAGCCGGGGCUUCCUGUACUACGAGACGUCUGCGCAGAGCGGGGAAGGAAUCAACGAGAUGUUCCAGGCUUUUUACUCGUCCAUCGUGGACUUAUGUGACAAUGGUGGGAAGAAGCCCAUGUCCUCCAUUACUAUCGGCUUCACCAAAGAGCAGGCAGAUUCUAUUCGUCGGAUUCGGAACAGCAAGGACAGCUGGGACAUGUUAGGGGUGAAGCCCGGGGCCACCAGGGAAGAAGUAAACAAAGCCUAUCGAAAACUCGCCGUGCUCCUUCACCCGGACAAGUGUGUGGCCCCAGGUAGUGAAGACGCCUUUAAGGCUGUUGUAAAUGCCCGGACGGCGUUACUGAAGAACAUAAAAUAGCGAGUGUAGAUACGGCUUAUGGUCACCCUGGCCACACCCAAUCCCCCCCCACCCCCUUCCCCACGCGCCCAGCACCAAAAGAUUGUACCGGGGACUCUGUCACCCCACUGCAUGCGGACGCAAUGUGGACACUUUCCAUUGGUAUCUAUGCACAGGCAGAGCCCGGCUUAGCUCCUCGGGGGCGGGUCUAGCCGUAUAAGCACAACCGCGUUGCGUGGUUCCGGUUCUUUCUGUUAUCAGCCCCUGUUGUAUUAGUUGUUGGUGUUAAAGGGGUUAUCCAGGAAAAAAACUUUUGUUUUUUUAUAUAUAAAUCAACUGGCUCCAGAAAUCAACUGGCUCCUUUCAAUAAUUAUCAGCUGCUGAAGUUGAGUUGUUGUUUUCUGUCUAAGUGCUCUCUGCUGACAUCUCUGCUUGUCUCGGGAACUACACAGAGUAGAAGAGGUUUGCUAUGGGGAUUUGCUUCUAAACUGGGCGGUUCCCGAGACAGGUGUCAUCAGAGAGAACUUGGACAGAAAAGAACAA